AUGUCUAGACCUUCCCCUGCAGGUUCUGUACGUUUUCCAAGUCAAGUUUACUCAAGUGGACAUCCAACUCUAGGCAAUGAGUUAAGUUUUCCAUCAAUGCCAUACCAUUCAACUUAUAAAAAUGGGCAACCAACUCUAUACAACCAGCUAGAUUAUACUAAUUAUCAUAAAACUAAUCACAUUGGAAAUAGGAUCACCAGCAACAAGGAAUUGGCUGGCUUUAGACAGGUGGGGAGCUUUGUCAGAAACAGUAAUUUUGAUGGGAACAAGAACUUCUCUACUUUUGGUGAUCAUGAUCAUUCAAAUUUAGUAGUUUUCCCAAUAUUCCUGCAUAAUUCUACACAACAAGAAGAGCAACAGCAGCAGCAACUUCAACCACAGGUUCUGUUCUCAUCACCAUUGCAAAUGCCUUCUCCGCCGCCACAGACACAGGAGCAACAAGAAAAUGACAUUCUUGGGCAGGAAAGGCAACUUCAACCACAGUUUCUACCAUCACCACCAUUGCAAAUGCCUUCACCAUCACCUCUGCCAGCAGCAGCAGAGCAGCAAGGAGAACAAGAUGACAUUUUUGGGCUUGAAAAACAACUUAUGCAGUCACCACAAUGGCAUAUGCCUUCAAUGCCUUCAAUGCCAGCAGCACCAACAGCACAUGAGCAAGAGAAAGAUGACAUGUUUGGGAUUGAAAGUGAAGAAACUGAUGACUUAUUUGACAUUGCAAAAGGCACCACUCAACAUAUCAAUGAUGCUGAUUUUGUUGAUUUAUGGUGA